UUACAGUAAAGCUUCGUUCAAGAACAUAAAUAAUAAACAAGAUAAAAACACAGUUUAACUCUUUAUUUUCUGACACUGUGUGUUCAUCAUGAAUCUCUCCAGAGAGAAAAAAAGUUUGACACGUGGAGAAUCUCCUAAACCCAGUUGUGUGUCUAUGAAGAGUGACUGAUCAAUGGGUCUUCCAGUUAACUUCAGUUCAGGAGACUGUGAUGAUACAGAUGGGAGUAACGCAACAAAUGGAUCCUUCAAAGGGAAGCACAUGGAUUCUGUUUUCCAGGAGGUUGAGCACAAACUCAUCUCUAUGAUGAAGAAAGAGCUGAAGAUCUUCAAGAGUCUACUGAGUCCAGAUUACCCAUCAUGCUCUGAGAGAGAAGAGGAGGAUGAUGAAGAUCAGAUCAGAGUCAGAGAGAUGUUUCUGAAGAUCACACUGAACGUCCUGAAGAAGAUGAAGCAGACAGACCUCGCUAACAAACUACAGACCAAAUUUGUCCCUGUAUACAUGAAGAAACACAAAUCCAGACUAAAAGAGCAAUUCCAGAGAAUGAAUGAAGGAAUCUCAGCUCAAGGAAGCUCAACACUUGUGAAUGAGAUCUACACAGAGCUGUACAUCACAGAGGGAGGGAGUGAAGACAUCAAUAAUGAACAUGAGGUGAGACAGAUUGAGACAGCAUCCAGAAGAUCAGAGACACAAGAAACACAAAUCAAAUGUAAUGACAUCUUUACAGUCUCACCUGAACAAAACAAACCCAUCAGAAGUGUGCUGACUAAAGGAGUCGCUGGAAUUGGAAAAACAGUCUCUGUGCAGAAGUUCAUUCUGGACUGGACUGAAGAAAAAACAAAUCAAGAUCUUCACUUGAUAUUUCCACUUCCUUUCAGAGAACUGAAUCUGAUCAAACAGAAAAAUAUCAGUCUGAUGGAUCUUCUUCAUCAGUUCUUCACAGAUACAAAAGAACUGAGAUCAACAGACUUUGAUGAUUAUAAAGUUGUGUUUAUCUUUGAUGGUCUGGAUGAGUGUCGUCUUCCUCUAGAUUUCUCAAAGAAUCCGAGUUUGUUUGAUGUCAGAGAAUCAGCAUCAGUGGAUGUCCUGCUGACAAACCUCAUCAAGGGGAAUCUGCUUCCUUCUGCUCUGAUCUGGAUCACCUCUCGACCAGCAGCAGCCAAUCAGAUUCCUCCUGAGUUUGUUGAUCUGAUCACAGAUGUACGAGGAUUCAAUGACCCUCAGAAGGACGAGUAUUUCAGAAAGAGAAUCAAUGAUGAGAGUCUGGCCAACAGAAUCAUCUCACACAUGAAAUCAUCCAGAAGUCUGUACAUCAUGUGUCACAUCCCAGUCUUCUGCUGGAUUUCAGCCACUGUUCUCCAGAGAAUGUUGAGUGAAGCAGAGAGUCAAGCACAGAUCCCCAAGACUCUCACUCAAAUGUUCACACACUUCCUGAUGUUUCAGAUCAAACUGAAGAGUCAGAAGUAUGAUGGGAAAUGUGAGGUAGAUCUUCAGCAGGCUAGAAAGAGUCUUGAGUCACUGGGAAAACUGUCUUUUCAACAGCUGGAGAAAGGGAACCUGAUCUUCUAUGAGGAGGAUCUGAGAGAGUGUGACAUUGAUGUCAGAGAAGCGUCAGUGUACUCAGGAGUUUGUACUCAGAUCUUCAGAGAGGAGUUUGGACUGAACCUGGGGAAGGUGUUCAGCUUUGUGCAUCUGAGCGUUCAGGAGUUUCUCGCUGCUUUAUUUGUGUUUCUGUCAUUUCUUCAGCAAACAUCAGGACCCGUCAGCAGAUUGAGAUCAAAUAUGAGUGAUUUACUGAAGAGUGAAGUGGACAAGGCCUUACAGAGUGAGAACGGACACCUGGAUCUUUAUCUCAGAUUUCUUCUCGGUCUCUCAAUGAAGUCCAGUCAAACAAUUUUACAUCUGAUGACACAGACAGGAAGAAGCUCUGACAGUAAACAGGAAAUAGUCGAGUACAUUAAGAAGAAGAUCAGAGAGAAUCUCUCUCCAGAGAAAUCCAUCAAUCUGUUUCACUGUCUGAAUGAACUCAAUGAUCAUUCUCUAGUGCAGGAAGUACAAACAUAUGUGAACAGAAGAGAUGAGUCUAGUCUAGCUGGAGUCAGUCUCUCUUCUAGUCAUUGGUCGGCUCUGGUGUUUGUGUUACUGAACUCAGAAGAGAAGCUGGAUGAGUUUAAUCUGAGUAAAUAUGAUCCAUCAGAUGAAUGUCUUCUGAGGCUUCUGCCAGUGAUCAAAGCAUACAGAACAGCUGAUCUGAGUGGCUGUAAUCUGACAGAGAAAAGUUGUUCAUCACUGGCGUCAGUUCUCAGAUCAAACUCCUCAAGUCUGACAGAACUGAACCUGAGUCACAAUAAUCUGAAGGAUUCAGGAGUGAAGCUGCUCUCUGAUGGACUGAAGAAUACAAACUGUAAACUAAAGAUACUAAAUCUGUCUGGUUGCAGUAUUGGAUCUGAAGGUUGUGUUGCUCUGACUUCAGCUCUGAGAUCAAACCCCUCACAUCUAACACAACUGGAUCUGAACUAUAAUAAUCCAGAAGAUUCAGGAGUGAAGCUGCUCUCUGAUCUACUGAAGGAUCCACACUGUCAACUACAGACACUACUUCUGAGUUACUGUAAUCUGACAGAGAAAAGUUGUUCAUCACUGGCGUCAGUUCUCAGAUCAAACUCCUCAAAUCUGACAGAACUGAACCUGAGUGACAAUAAUCUGAAGGAUUCAGGAGCGAAGCUGCUCUCUGAUGGACUGAAGAAUAAAAACUGUAAACUGAAGACAUUAAAUCUGUAUAACUGCAGUAUUGGAUCUAAAGGUUGUGUUGCUCUGACUUCAGCUCUGAGAUCAAACCCCUCACAUCUGACACAACUGGAUCUGAGUUAUAAUAAUCCAGAAGAUUCAGGAGUGAAGCUGCUCUGUGAUCUACUGAAGGAUCCACACUGUCAACUACAGACACUACAUCUGAGUCGCUGUAAUCUGACAAAGAAAAGUUGUUCAUCACUGGCGUCAGUUCUCAGAUCAAACUCCUCAAGUCUGACAGAACUGAACCUGAGUGACAAUAAUCUGAAGGAUUCAGGAGUGAAGCUGCUCUCUGAUGGACUGAAGAAUACAAACUGUAAACUGAAGACACUAAAUCUGUCUAGUUGCAGUAUUGGAUCUGAAGGUUGUGUUGCUCUGACUUCAGCUCUGAGAUCAAACCCCUCACAUUUUACACAACUGGAUUUGAGCAGAAAUAAUCCAGAAGAUUCAGGAGUGAAGCUGCUCUCUGAUCUACUGAAGGAUCCACACUGUCAACUACAGACACUACUUCUGAGUGGCUGUAAUCUGACAAAGAAAAGUUGUUCAUCACUGGCGUCAGUUCUCAGAUCAAACUCCUCAAGUCUGACAGAACUGAACCUGAGUCACAAUAAACUGAAGGAUUCAGGAGUGAAGCUGCUCUCUGAUGGACUGAAGAAUACAAACUGUAAACUGAAGACACUAAAGGCCCAUAUGGGCAUGGCGGUGGAGGACCCCAUUCUGUGUAAUGGCUGCACAGAGUGUUAUAUUACCGUCACGUUGCGCUGUGACAUUGACUAUAGCCCUGUGGCCAAUGAUGUUUCUUCCCCUCCUUCAUGUUCUCAUCAGGUUGAACCCAGCCUCAUCUAUGUAAAUGAACUCAUGCUGGAUCCCCUCUCCAUCCAUUCGUAA